CCGACACCCUGAUCCUCUGAUCCCCUGCCCCAGCUGGUGCUGCUCUUCGUGAUGGACGUGCUGCGGGACCUGCCGGGGCUGCCCGGGCUCUUCGUCGCCUGCCUCUUCAGCGGCUGCCUCAGCACCAUCUCCUCCGCCUUCAACUCGCUGGCCACGGUGACCAUGGAGGACCUGGUGCGGCCGCACUUCCCCGGGCUGUCGGAGUCGCGGGCCACGCUGCUCUCCAAGCUGCUGGCUCUGGGUUACGGGCUGCUGUGCCUGGGGAUGGCCUACGUGUCCUCCAUGCUGGGACCUGUGCUGCAGGCAGCCAUCAGCAUCUUUGGCAUGGUGGGGGGACCCCUCUUGGGGCUCUUCUGCCUUGGCAUGUUCUUCCCCUGCGCCAACCCCACGGUGAGUGCCCUCCCACCCAUGAGUGUGUCCCUCCCUCCC